AUGGUCCUAACGCCAGACGCGACAGGGGGAGCGUGGCGGAAUGUGAGAUUACCUAAGGGUGAUCCACAGCUGCUUGUCAGUUGCAGCUCGACGACCAGGGAGGGAGGAGAGACACGUGACGGUGUCACUUCCCAGAGAGUGGAAAAGAGAUUCGAGGAUUCUUUUCUGGACAGAGUCCAACUUAAACUUGUUUUCUUACUUUUCAAAGGACUGUCGUCAGACAGCAGCGCUGCGAACCCAAAACCACCAUGCACGAGAGUGCACUCGGGACGACUUGUCAAUUGGGACAAGAUCAUUAAUUGUGAGGAAAGAACCGAACGGACACAACACGCACGAACGGGGAACUGGCUGGUGGAACCGUUUUUUUGCACCGGGUGGCGGAAACCGGAGAGGUUUUGGAGAAAAGACUGGAUUGAUGACGAUCAUCAGAACCCGAGAGGGUCUUGGUACUUGUGUCUGGGUACCAUGAAGCGGCUGAGGGACCGCUCUUAUUCUUCCUCGACACUGAGAGUGUCCGAGUCCGCGUACUGCGAGUGUUGUCAUCAUGCAGCCUGCGCUGCACUCAAACAGCGACAGUGGUGUCGCCACUGGUUCUUUCUCCGCUGGGAAACAGACUGGGUCGUCAUGCCCUCAACAAUGCUUGAGGAGUUGCGAUCAAAAUUGGCCGGUGCCAAGUUUCGCUUUUGUGCGAUACGUACUGUGAUCGAGAGAUCAACCGUCUUUGAGAUCCUCGUAAAGGUGGAUUCAGACGAGGGGUUUGGCCCCGUCCGUGCACUGCUUGCCUCUCCCCCAGGCUCUGUCGUUGGUGAACGCAGCCAGGUGUGGCCUUUGCUCUGUUGCUGGUAUUCUUUGAAGUGGGACGCGAUAGUCUGGAUUGAGUCCAUGUCGGGACUGUUACUUGGUGAUGGGAGACUUUGUUCGGAGCUUGAACGUAGCGUGAGAGAGGCUGCUGGCGAGGGCGAAUUGGAACAGGGUGAAAUAUGA